CAAUGUUUUGAAGCGCACCAGAGGAAGAAGCCUUGCUACUGGAGUUUACUAGUUGAAUGACAGGAGCUCACAGCAAAGUUUACUUCUCUGCUUGGGAAUAACUUACCAUUCUUCAGCGCAGAGUCGCAGCGGUUCCGACACCUGACUGGCGGCUUGACCCUGAAAGAAAAUGCGGGACCGAACCAAAGAAUUAGGGAACCAGAAUGCCGAGACUUCAGACGAGGACGAGGAAGGCAAAGCCUUGAUGAUCAAAACUGGAACCUCUUCAGUCAAAGAGGAGAAGGAGAAUGAAUCAUUCUUUAAAAAGGUUAAAGAAAUUCACGAAGGGCUGCAAAAUCUCAAAAGGAUUGUGUCUGAGCUUGAGAACAAACAGAAAACUGUGCUGGGUGUAGCACUGCCAGAGGAGAGUAUGAAGAAAGAGCUCCAGACUCUUCGAGAAGAGAUAAAAACGUUGGCGGGUCAGAUCCAGAGAAAAUUAAAAAGUAUUGAAUCGAAAAAGGGAGAGGAGGAUGGAAAAUAUGUACCCAUAAAUGUUCGGAUGCAGCGGACCCAGGUUGACUCUUUCACUUUUGCUUUUAUGCCAUAACAUCAUAGUCUGAAGUCGUACCUUUCUAAGCAUAUAACUAGGGCUGGACAAUUAAACAAUAACAAUAAUUAUCACGAUAUAAUAUUUUUCAAUAACAAAUAUUCAAUAAAUGUUUGAUUUUAUUCACUUGAAUCAUACACAAUGUUUAUUUUGUUAUGGAAAAAAGGACUGAAAAAAGCUUUUACUUAAUUUUACUCAUGCAUAUUUGUUGACAAAGAUUUUAUCAGAAUUGUUUUGAAUGCUCUACCUCGUUUCUGUGAAGUGAUCCACUGAUUGGCAUCAAGUGUUGACCAUAAGGAAGAGUUUAAACCACAAUUAACCAUCAGGUUUCUUCAAAUUUCUCUAAACUUUUCUAAAAUUUGAAACGUAUCGUGAUAAUUAUCGAUUAUCGAUUUUUUGACCAUAUCGCCCAGCCCUACAUAUAACUCUCACAGAUGUAACAUCUUAUCACAUCUUAAAAUAUCAGACCUUAUGUAAAUCUCCAACAAACAUAGCCGUGGCUGCAGGAAGCUGUUUUAUUCCACUUAUUAUCAGAGCAAAAGGUCAAUCAAGGGUGGAAAAAGCCUUAUGUAAACUCAAAGAGAAGAAACUGGUUUAUUAAUUUCAUUUAAAAUAGCUGGUUUUACUUUAUUUUCAGUUAGUUAACUGUGUGUGUGUGUGUGUGUGUG